GUUCUUUGCUUCUCUAUGGGUACUGAAAAGCUAGUUGUAGUUGUAGGCGCAGGAUUGGCAGGUCUGGCGGCCGCUCGGGAAGUGCAAUCGCAUGGAGUAAGAGUGCUGGUUUUGGAAGCGUCGGGUGUUCUGGGCGGAAGGAUCAAGCAGCUCAAUGGGCUCGUGCCGUGGCUGGUUGAGCUUGGGCCCGAGUUUCUUCACGGAAAGCAAAACUCGUCCAUCGCUCAGAUAGCCAACGAGAUGGGCUGCACAAUGACAGAGCUCCCCUAUCCCGAUUUUUAUUAUGUUGGCAGUGAGAGCAGGCUCCUAACAUCCGAGGAGGCAGAGGACCAUUCUGAGAUUCAGACUGUGCAUGGCAUAUUUGCAGCACUCGCGGAAGAAACGCAUCCAUCGCCAGACAUAUGCAUGGAUGAGUUUUUGCGGAGGAAUAAAGUGAGCGACACUGUCGUUCAGCUCGCGGAGUCUAUUUAUGCGAACGAUUUUGGCUGUUCGCUGUAUCAGCUCGGUGUUGGCGAGUGCAUUGAGGAGGCACGGCAGUGGAUUUACGGUGACACUUACAUGCUCCUGGACAGGCCUCUUUCUUCGAUCGUGGACCAUCUCUCCAAAGGAUUAAAUGUGCUGACAAGCCAUCCGGUUGAAGACAUCACGUAUUCUCCAACUGGUGAACUCGAAGUGAAAUGUAGAGGAGGUGCUAAAUUUCAAGCGCACUAUACAAUCGUGACCGUGCCAGUGAAAAUCCUGGAGGACGAGUCUAUUCGAUUCAAUCCACCGCUUCCAAAGACUAAAGUGGACGCAGCGUCCACCAUAGGAAUGUCAAGCGCUGUCAAGAUUCUUCUUGCUUUCUCGCAAAGAUUUUGGCCAGAGGAAAUGUUUGACGUCGUCUGCACCGAUUGCUUCGUGCCAGAGUUCUGGGCGACACAGUAUCCCUGCAAAUCCAGCCCCGACGAAGAAGCUCUCGGCAGUGUGCUGCUGGUCGGAUUCAUCGCAGGGGAAACAGCACGCCAGAUUUCCAAGCUCUCACACAGCGAAACCUUUCGAUCCGGAGCUCCAGCCAGCGUCAUUCUACUUCGCGGCAGCGUCUCUGGUGGAUUGGUCGCGCGAGGAAUUCGUCCGUGGAGGAUACUCGCAUCCUUCUCUCAACGCUCGAGGUGCUCGCGAAGAACUCGCCAAGCCAGUCCAUGGAAGGCUCUUCUUCGCGGGCGAGGCUACUCAUCCUGGAGUGAAUCCUUGCAUGCAAGCAGCCAUCGACUCUGGAAUUCGCGCAGCUCGCGAAGUUCUUGGCUGUGUGAUUUAGAGAAUCGUUUUGGAAUCUCUUCAAGCUAUGUUAAUUUCCCUCCAAUAAAUCAAGCAAUCAGGGUUUUGGCUAUGGCGACGAGUCUCUUGGCUCACAAGAGUGGCGUCUUCUUUGGCAGCGCGAGCGCGCUCUGCGAUUUCCAGGCGCGACCGGCAUUGCGAUCGUCCAGGCGCGACACCGUUCGCGCGUCGUCCAGGUCCGCGGGAGGAGAAUGCCGGGAUUUUGCGCUCCGGGAUGUCUUUGCGAAGCGCGCAUUCAAGGUGAUUGCUGGGCUCAACAAUUUCGAUCGAGAGAAUGUGGCUGAUGUGGUUGUCGCCGCCGAGAAGGGUGGCGCGACGCAUGUAGAUAUCGCUUGUGAUCCACAGCUCGUCGAGCUUGCGCUUGGCUUAACUUCAUUGCCGAUAUGUGUCUCUGCCGUGGAUCCAGAGGCAUUUGUGGCGGCUGUGGAUGCCGGAGCACACAUGAUCGAAAUUGGAAACUUCGACUCGUUUUACGACAGUGGCAGAGUUUUUUCUUCCAAGGAGGUCUUAGAGCUCACUAGAAGAACUAGGGAACUUUUGCCACACAUCACUCUUUCAGUGACGGUGCCACAUACUUUGCCACUCGAUGAGCAGGUCCAGCUCGCCGAGGCUUUAGAGGAAGAGGGUGCCGAUAUCAUCCAAACAGAGGGUGGAACAGCUUCUACUCCUUCAAAGCCUGGGAUCACAGGUCUCAUUGAAAAGGCAACUCCCACACUAGCAGCUGCGUAUUCCAUCUCCAGAGCUAUUACGCUUCCAGUUCUCUGUGCCUCUGGAUUGAGUGCAGUGACAGCUCCAAUGGCGAUCACUGCUGGCGCUUCUGGAGUGGGCAUUGGCUCAGCUGUGAACAAACUGAACAGCCAACUUGCAAUGGUGGCGACUGUUCGCAGCAUUGCGGAUGCAAUGGGACUAGAACCAUCCACUGAAAAGAUUCCAGAGAGAGCUCGAGACAAAGCUUGAUUAGUUCUUCAACGAUCAAAGCCAAACGAUCACAGUCAUAAGCAAGAACAAAGAAAAACUCCGUCACCCUCGUCGCCGCGCCCUUGUCCCGUGCGUACUACUCUCGUUGGUAUCAAAAUGUAUAUAAAUUAUGAAGGAGUUCCCGGGUAGGGCGAGCAUGUUCCCGCCCAGAACAGGCGAGCCUGUGCCUGUGGAAUGGCCUUAACUGGCUGUGGUGAGACCGUUAAUGGACAUGUGGAAGAAUGUUGAUGGAA